GAGACUCUGCGAUCACAGACUGAAACACUGAGCGUGAACACCAUCCUGAUGAACGAGAAGGUUAAGGAUUUCCUGCUGCUUGAUCGAUACGCUGAGCUCACAAUCAUCUCCACUGUUCGAGAUCGGACACUGGUGGAACAUGAGCUGCUGGCAAGAGGCCGGGACCAUGAGGAAUGGCAAGAGAAACAUCUCCGGGGAGAACUGGAAAAAAUCAGGACUGAUCAAUUGUUCCACAGCAGCUUUUCCCGGAGUAAAUCCGGAUCUGGGAGUUCCAGCAUCAGUGGCCGGAGUCGCGGGGAUCGGAAAAACAACAAUGGUGCAAAAGAUUGUUCAUGACUGGGCCACAGGGAAAAUAUACCCACACUUCCAGUUUGUCUUCAGUUUCAAAUUCCGGGAUUUGAACAAGAUUAAACACAGAAUAACCCUGAAGGAACUGAUUCUGGAGCAAUAUCCUUACUUUGGGAAUAUCCUGGGAGAGAUCUGGAAGAACCCAGAGGGAUUGCUGUUUAUAUUCGACGGUCUGGAUGAAUUCAAGGGCAGAAUCGAUUUUGCUGACAGUCGGAGAGACACAGAACCUCAGCACCAGUGCGCAGAUCCUGAAUCCCGGUGUGAAGUGUCUGACAUUGUGUACAGUUUAAUCCAGCACAAGCUGCUCCCAGGGUGUUCAGUGCUAGUGACCACCCGCCCCACUGCGUUACAUUUACUGGAAAAGGCAGAGAUCAGUGUCCGGGCUGAAAUCCUGGGAUUUGUUGGUGAGGAACGGAAGGAAUAUUUCACCAGGUAUUUUGAAGAUCAGACGGUGGCAGCAGCUGUUUUCAAACAUGUGAAGGAGAACGAGAUCCUGUACACCAUGAGCUACAACCCCUCCUACUGCUGGAUCCUUGUCCUGACACUGGGCCCCUUCUUCACACACACACACCGGGACCCGCAGCGAGUUCCCAAGACCAUCACACAACUAUAUUGCUACUUUAUUUACAACAUCCUGAAAAACCACGGCCGUGAGAUUGAGAGCCUCCGUGAGGUGUUACUGAGGGUUGGUCAGAUGGCCUUCACUGGAGUGUCCAAGAAGAACAUUGUGUUCACAGAUGAAGAUUUGAUCGAAUACAAUCUGCAGCCUUCCCAGUUCCUGUCCGGGUUCCUGAUGGAACUUUUGGAGAGAGAGGAUUCAGCCCGGAGCGUGGUGUACACCUUCCCGCACCUCACCAUCCAAGAGUUUGUAGCCGCACUCGCACAAUUCAUGACUGUAGAUCCUAGGAAUAUCGUGAAACGCCUGUCCGAAGUCCACAGCACGACAGACAGGCGAUUUGAAGUAUUUCUCCGUUUUGUCGCUGGUCUCUCCUCCCCACGGGCAGCUCGGGUCCUGGAGGAGUUUCUGGGUCCAUUUCCUAAUGAAACAAUCUGCCGAGUGAUUGACUGGGUGAAGGAGGAGGUUCAACGUCAGAUUAGAGAUGCACGGAGUGAGUUUGGUAAAAGGAGGCUCCUGAACACGCUGCACUACCUGUUUGAGUCUCAGAAUCCUGCACUGGCUCAGCAGACACUGGGAUCUGUGGAAACACUUUCCUUCAGUGGACUGGGACUGACCCCGAUUGACUGUGCGGUCCUGUCUCAUGUGAUCAGGCCCUGUGGUACAAUCAAACACCUCGAUCUGUGGAGAUGCCGCAUUCAGUGUGAAGGUCUCCAGCGGCUGGGACCGGCUCUGCACAAGUGUCAGCGCUUGGGACUGGGAAACAACGACCUGGGAGAUUCCGGAGUGAAACUGGUGUCUGCAGCUCUGAGGAACCCGCACUGUAAAAUACAGAGACUGGGGCUGAACAGUGUCGGUCUCACAGAUUCUGGAGCCGAGGAUCUCGCCUCCGCUCUCAAUCUAACGCGUACAUUCUCUGAGCUCCUGACACAGUGGAACGACCACCUAUUGUUCCAGCUGACAACAUUCUAUGGGGAGAGACUGAAUCAGGCGAUUGAAGAAAGGGUUGAACGUCUCAGCUUCACGAUGAAAUGGGAGGAAUGUUUCAAUGAACAAGAACACGGGAGUGUCGCUGAGCUGGCGGUAAAGGGAAACCACAGAGACAGUUCCAUACUCUUCCACAGUCUGGUGAUGGAGAAAGGCAACCAUGCCCGGCGGGUGAUGUGGGAAUCCUUUGUGAAAAUGCAGAAUGAAUUACCAAAGCUGGACAAAAUACUGAAAGAAAUCCAGGAGCUCGGUACGUAA